AUGCGGGAGCGGGGCCCUUAUAUGUGCGGAGUCGGUGUGUGGAGCCUACUGCUGUCACUGUGUCUGGCAUCUCUCACUCAUGCACACAGGAGCCACACAGUGCAUGUGAAGGCCGGGACAUGCGAGGUGAUCGCCGCCCAUCGCUGCUGCAACAAGAACAAGAUUGAGGAGCGAUCGCAAACAGUGAAAUGUUCCUGCUUCCCUGGACAGGUUGCCGGUACCACUCGGGCCAUGCCCUCUUGUGUUGAUGCCUCCAUUGUUGCCCAGAAAUGGUGGUGUCAGAUGGAGCCAUGCAUGGAAAGUGAGGAGUGUAAGGUUCUUCCAGACCUCACAGGAUGGAGCUGCAGCACUGGCAACAAAGUCAAGACUACAAAGGUGAACAAAUCAUUUAGUCGCAUGUGUAAGGCAGCCAAGAAGCGUAUAUCUUUCAGGGCACAAAGCCGCCAGUCAGAGGGUCGAGGGAAAACUGAAAGGAACAGAGGGCUUCGAGAAAUGCACGUGUUAAAGGAGCUAAAAGAGGCUUUGAAGUCAAAGGGCUGCUUCAUGCAUUUCCACCCACAAAGCCAGGGCCUCCAGUCCAUUGGACAAGCCCACACACCUCUCCAGGGAGGGGUCCAGGAGAUAUCCGAACUAGGUGACCGAGCCACCUCAGCUGGCUCCUCUCAACGCGGAGGAAUAGCGGCUCAACCAUGA